UGCCCUCUGCAAUGGCGUGUCCAUCGAACUCCAUAACCUUCAACGCCACGAGCUGCGCUUGCGGCGUAGGGCAGUUACUUAAUCGGAGCUCCGGCGUAUGCGAAAUCUUCGGAUGGCCGUCGACGAUCUCGACGGACAACGGCGUCGACUUCCUCCGCAUAUCGUUCCCGGAGAAUAUAUUCUCGUUCAACACGAUCCGGAAGUUCACGCAGUCACAGGCCUUGUUCUUGGAGGCCACGCUCGUUAUGGUUCUCUCUUGGCUCGUCUUCUGCUUCUUCCUCAGGUUCUCCAAGCUCCGCGACGGUCGCAACAUCUGGUUCAACCUCCGGUGGUGGAUUAGCCGUCUCGAUGUCUGCUUCGCCACCAGGCACUGGCUCGAUGAUCAGCAGGUGGUGAAGAAACGGAAAACGGAACUGGGUGGGACUUUAUCUGUUGCGAGUUGGAUUCUCUUCAUAGGCUUAUUCGCUGCGCUGCUUUACCAAAUCAUAACCAAGAGAACCAUCGAGGUUCAUAAUGUGAGAGCUACCAAUUCCCCAGAUUUAGUCUCAUUUGAGAACGAUAUGGAGUUCAAUGUCACUACUAUUUCUGGUAUGAGCUGCUUGAACUUGCGCGGCAUUGGGAAUGUGGUUACUGGAAAUCCAGGCUUCAGUGAUUUCAAAGUUACUUCUCUUUCCAGUUUUGGAAGCUAUACCUGUCAGAAUACCAGUUUUGGGCCAAUAGUUAAUUUCAAGUGUAUCAAAUGUCGUCUGACCGACGACUACAUGUAUAUUUCGUGGCAUUUUGUCGAUAUUCCUAAUGCUCCCGCUAGUGCAGUUGGAUUUCAGUUCAAUUUCACUGCCAAGAAUGGAGCUAACAAGAAGCAUAUAAGUUUUGUUAGUGGCACUCUGAGAAAUGGGAGCAUACUUGAUGAUAGACCCAUUACCUUCCGUGGAACGGAAGGGAACAUAUUGAAGUUUAAUCUAUUUCCCCGGAUUUACCAUAAUUUGCAUGAUCUAAAGAUGAUACAACCUCUGUUCCAUGAGUUCACCUCUGGUUCGAAUUACCGAGACAAUGCUCAGCUUCAGGCCUCCCUUGGAAGGUCAAGUGAUGGUAUAGUCAACACCACCUUGUUCAUCAAUUAUCUCUCUGCCUAUAUUGUCGAGAUAGAUAACAAAAAUAUAUUGGGUCCUGUUAGUUUCCUUGCAGAUCUUGGUGGUCUAUAUUGCAUUAGUAUUGGCAUAUUUUUCUACCUACUGGUCCAGUGUGAGUUCAGGAUCAAGAGGCUGAGGAGUGAAGAUGCCACUUUAAGAAGGAUACGGAGUCGUCGAAAAGCUCUAGAUCGCUGGGAUAAACUGAGAAGAUAUGUUGCAUACACAUGGGGUUGCAGCCUAUUGGAUGAUGUUGCCAAUGCCAAAAAGGGGUCUCGCCUUAGUUGUUUAUUGAGCCGUGCAACAUCUCGUGAAAGGUCAAAUUUGGAAAGUGGAUCAGGGAGACUGCAUUCUACCAAGUUGAGCAAGAAGCUUAGCAUAGAUGUUGAGAAGAAUGUCGCGGCAGAACCUACAGGGCAAGAAUUAAGAUCUUUCCAAAUUGUUUCUUCUUUGAAUCGUGGAGAAAAUUACUCGAAGAACAAGCAUCUAGAAGGAAAACCCGAGAAUUCAGCGAGGAGCGGUAAAAGACUUUCUGAUGUUCCACGUGAUUGCAGCCCUUCUCAGUUCCGUGCACUUUCUCAUAGCGGGGAUGUAAUUCCACCACCACCUCUGAUGGAAUUCGAGGAGGGGUGUGAUUCAGAAGUGGAUGUGGUCGACAUCAAGAAGAAAUUUCAACUUCUCUAUGACUACAACCUAUUGCUGAGGGAAAAGCUGAUAAAAACCCAAUCUAUGCUCAAUGCUUUUGCUUCCCAAUCAUCAUCAUCGUCUUCUUCAGCAGCUGUAAAAAAUCACCCUAUCGGUUAGUGUUUUUGAAUGCUCUUUUGAUGUUUAGUGUUUCUCUAUUGGAUUGAUCCCAAGAUGUUGUCUAGAACACAAAGGGAAUGCAAAAAUGUAACAAGACUGGUGCAGUGGAUUGUGGGUAUAGCAAAUUGUUUUGGUA